AAAAAAAAAAAAUUACAGAUGCCACAAUUUCGGUCUUCUUUAUUUCUGAUUUCGUUUCUGCUUAGAAAUAAAUAAUUUCAGAUGCUAAAAAGUUUGAUAAAAUGUUAAAAUAAGAUGGAAGUGACAAUGAGCCACUUUCUUGUUCUCUCAAUCCUGGUUUCCUUACUGUCUUCUUCAACAAUGGCCAAUCAACUCGGUGUCAGCUAUGAUGGAACUUCUUUGAUCAUUAAUGGGAAAAGACAGCUUCUUCUUUCAGGAUCAGUCCAUUACACUCGUAGUACUGCUGAUAUGUGGCCAAACAUCCUUGCGAAGGCUAGACAUGGAGGUCUUAAUGUAAUUCAGACUUAUGUUUUCUGGAACGUACAUGAACCAGUUCAAGGCCAGUACAAUUUUGAAGGGCAGUAUGACCUAGUGAAGUUCAUAAAGAUGAUUGGUAUCUAUGGUAUGUAUGCAACAAUCCGGGUCGGGCCCUUCAUAGAGGCUGAAUGGAAUCAUGGAGGGUUCCCAUAUUGGUUGAGAGAGAUCCCAGGCAUUACAUUCCGGUCCGAUAAUCCACCAUUCAAGUACUACAUGAGCAAGUUUGUUGGGAUGAUUAUUCAUAAGCUGAAAAAGGAGAAGUUAUUUGCAUCACAAGGAGGACCUAUAAUUUUAUCACAGAUUGAAAACGAGUACAAGAAUAUCGAAAAGGUAUAUAAAGAAGCAGGAACUAGAUAUGUUCAAUGGGCAGGAACCAUGGCUGUGGGGCUGAAAACUGGAGUUCCAUGGAUUAUGUGCAAGCAGAGUGAUGCUCCUGAUCCUGUGAUCAAUACUUGCAAUGGAAGGCAAUGUGGUGAUACUUUCCCAGGCCCUAAUAGACCAAACAAACCUUCUUUAUGGACUGAGAACUGGACUGCACAUUAUAGAGCAUUUGGAGACCCACCGUCUCGAAGAGCAGUGGAAGAUCUUGCUUUCUCAGUGGCUCGUUGGUUCUCCAAGAAUGGAACUCUGGCUAACUAUUACAUGUACCAUGGAGGAACAAAUUUUGGCAGAUCAAGCUCCUCUUUCAUAACAACUCGCUACUAUGAUGAAGCCCCUCUUGAUGAAUAUGGCUUGCAGAGGGAACCUAAAUGGGGCCAUCUCAGGGACUUGCAUAGUGCUAUAAGGUUAAGCAAGAAGGCUCUACUUUGGGGUACUCCGACAACUCAAUCUUUGGGUAACAAUCUAGAGGCUCGUAUAUACGAGAAACCUGGAACAGACAUGUGUGCUGCUUUUUUAUCUAACAAUGACACCAAAUUGCCCAUGACUGUCAAGUUCAGAGGCCAAAACUAUUACUUGCCAGCACUUUCCAUUAGCAUCCUCCCUGAUUGCAAGACUAUGGUCUAUAACACCAUGAUGAUUGUGUCACAACAUAAUGUGAGGAGCUUUGUGAGUUCAGAAAUUGCAAACAAGAAUUUUAAAUGGAAGAUGUACAAGGAGCUUGUCCCAACCCAACUUGAGGAGACAUCAAAGAAACCAUUGGAGCUCUAUAGCUUGACCAAAGAUACUACUGACUAUGGAUGGUACACUACAGCUUUUGAAUUGACGAAACGUGAUUUGCCAAUGUGGAAAGAUAGUCUUCCUGUCUUAAGAAUUGAAAGUCUUGGUCAUGCAAUGCUUGCUUUUGUGAAUGGUGAAUUUGUAGGAGCUGCACAUGGAAGCAAAGUUAUGAAGAGCUUUGUCCUGGAGAAGUCUGUGAACUUGAAGCCUGGGAACAUCACCAUUACUCUCUUGGGUUCUAUAAUGGGACUUCCAGAUAGUGGAGCCUAUAUGGAGCAUAGGUAUGCAGGACCUAUUGGAGUUUCCCUCCUUGGUUUCAGCAAAGGAACAGUUGAUCUCACACUCAACGGAUGGGGCCAUCAGGUAGGCUUGGAUGGUGAGAAGAAUCAAUUGUACACUGAGGAUGGGUCAAAGAAGGUAACAUGGACAGAAGUCAAGAAGCAAGGACCUACUCUUACAUGGUACAAGACAUACUUUAACGCUCCUGAAGGUCGUGAUCCUGUCGCUAUUAAUAUGGAUGGAAUGGGCAAAGGCAUACUUUGGAUCAAUGGGAAAAGCAUAGGCCGUUAUUGGAUGUCUUACCUCUCCCCGCUAGGAUCGCCCACUCAAACCCAGUAUCACAUCCCCAGAGCAUACUUAAAAUCAACCAAUAAUCUAAUGGUUAUACUAGAAGAGGAAGAAGCAAACCCGGAAAAAAUUGAGAUAUUCACUGUGAAUAGAGAUACAAUAUGCAGUUACAUGGUAGAAGAUCAGCCAGCAACUGUCAAGUCAUGGACGAGGAAGCGAGGCAAGGUCAUACCUGUAAUGGAUAAUGUAAAACCAGCAGCUCAGUUAACUUGUCCUAACUACAAGCAGAUUAUUGCUGUUGAGUUUGCAAGUUUUGGUGAUCCUGAAGGUGCUUGUGGAAGAUAUUCUUUUGGAAAAUGCAAUUCUCCUAUUUCAAAGCUGGUUGUUGAACAGCUUUGCUUGGGAAAGAGGAGUUGUAGCAUUCCAAUUGAUAGACAGCUCUUUGAUAACAAAAAGGAUGAUUGUCCAGGUAUACAAAAAGUGUUAGCUGUUCAAGUAAAGUGUGGCAGGCAUUAGCUAGAAAGCAGAAGAUAGGUACAUUAUGUUGGGGUUGAAUUGUAGAGUUUAGGUAUUAUUUGUUUAUUAUAGUUUUAGGUUUUGAAUUUACUAGUUAAAAGUUAUGUUAAUGUAAAGGAAUAAAGCCUAAUUUGGUCCCUGAACUUGUAAUUCAGGGGAAAAAAAUAGCACAAAAUCAACUUUUGACUCAAGUUGCCUACUAACUACACUGAAACGGUGCAAAAAGCCCCAAAUAUCAAUUUGAGAUCUCGCGUGAAAUUACAGGGUCAGGAGGCAAAAAUUGAUUUUGAACUUCGUUUUUCCCUGAAUUCAGGAGACAAAUUGGGCGUUAUUCGUAAUGUAACAGGCCAAGUAGAUGUAUAGAUAGAAUAUAGUUACAGUAGUUUUAAUAGCUGUGUUCUUACCAGAAGUGAUUGAAUAUCAGGAGUUGACAAGUAUAUUCAAAUUUGAUUCUUAA